AUGAUGCGCAGACUAUCUACAAGAGCGCCCCAGCGAAUACUCUCCGCAGCUGGCAAGCCUCGAAGCUGCGCACCUUUCCUCGCCAUUCGAGCCAUAUCCACUACAUCCGUCGCGAAGAUGUCGGCUCUCAGCACACACGCGACACAGCCUGCCGACGCUUUCCAGCUCCUGCCCGAGUCGCAGAAGGCAGGCGAGGCAGAGGAUCGUCUUUAUGAAGCCACUGUCAAGGAAAUUGAAGCUUGGUGGGCUUCGCCUCGGUAUGCGGGCAUCAAGCGGCCGUAUAGCGCUGAGGAUGUGGCUACCAAACGUGGUACACAGAAGGUUCAAUAUCCUAGCUCUGUCAUGGCACAGAAGCUAUUUAAUCUUAUCCGAGAGCGAGAAGCCAAAGGAGAGCCUAUCCAUACCAUGGGUGCAAUCGAUCCUGUGCAGAUGACCCAACAGGCUCCUCACCAAGAAGUCCUCUACAUCUCAGGCUGGGCCUGCUCCUCCCUCCUCACCUCUACCAACGAGGUCUCCCCCGACUUUGGAGACUACCCCUACAACACCGUCCCCAACCAGGUCCAGCGCCUAGCCAAGGCGCAGAACAUGCACGACCGAAAGCAAUGGGAUCUUCGUCGCAAGAUGACCACCGAGGAGCGCACAAAGGCUCCAUACGUCGAUUAUCUGCGCCCUAUCAUUGCCGACGGCGAUACCGGCCAUGGCGGUCUGUCGGCUGUCCUCAAGCUUGCUAAGCUGUUUGCCGAGAACGGUGCUGCGGCUGUUCACUUCGAGGAUCAGCUCCACGGCGGCAAGAAGUGCGGUCAUCUUGCUGGCAAGGUGCUUGUUCCUAUCGGCGAGCACAUCAACCGUCUGGUUGCCUCGCGCUUCCAAUGGGACGUCAUGGGUUGUGAGAACCUUGUUAUUGCCCGAACAGACUCGGAGUCUGGAAAGCUUCUCUCCUCGGCGAUCGACGUGCGCGACCACGAGUUCAUCCUCGGUGUUGCAGACUCAUCGAUUGAGCCUCUCGCUGAAACCAUUCAGGCCAUGGAAGCCAAUGGUGCUGCGGGUGCCGAGAUCGAUGCCUUUGAGGCCCAGUGGGUCAAGAACACCAAGCUCAUCACUUUUGAUGAAGCUGCUGUUGCGCACAUGCAGAAGGAAGGUGUCGCACAAGCCAAGAUCGAUGAGUACCUGGCCCAGACCGAGAAGGACCAUGAUAUGGGCAUCUCGCGCCGUCGCAAUCUCGCAAACAAGUAUACCAAAGAGCCCGUCUACUUCAACUGGGACGUCCCUCGUACCAGGGAAGGCUUCUACCACUACCGCGCCGGUAUGCAAGCAGCGACUAAGCGCGCUCUUGCAUUCGGUCCUUACGCGGAUCUCCUCUGGGUCGAGACAGGCGACCCCAACGUCGAAGUAGCCACUAAACUCGGCCGCGCUGUCCGUGAAGUGUACCCUGGCAAGGGUCUCGUUUACAACCUCUCCCCAUCGUUCAACUGGAUGGCGCACGGUUUCAACGACGAGACACUCAAGUCCUUCAUCUGGGACAUCGCGCGCGAAGGCUUCGUUCUCCAACUCAUUUCUCUCGCGGGUUUGCACUCCAAUGCGACCAUCACAACCGAGCUGUCGCGCGAGUUCAAGAAGGACGGCAUGAAGGCAUACGUUGACAUUGUCCAGCGUCGUGAGAAGGACCUGAAGUGCGACGUGUUAACGCAUCAGAAGUGGAGUGGCGCAAGCUACAUUGAUGGUAUUCUUGGGGCUAUCCAGAGCGGAAGCUCAAGCAGUAAGAGCAUGGGUGAGGGUAACACUGAGGGACAGUUCCACUAG